AUGAAGAUUUUGAUACAUCUUGUGUGUUUGAUUGUCUCUAAGUCACUUGAAAUCUAGCCAUUAGAUUCUGAAUAUCAGGUUGCAUAUCAAUAAGUAAAGAUUGAUGAUGAUAACUUUCUGCCAAAUAAACUUUUUACCUUUGGUUUAUGGUAACGAUAUAAUCCUUUAAGUACUAUCUCAUAAGUUGGAAAAAUUGGAAUGUUUGGUAGUAAUUGCUAUCAUUUAUUAAAUAUAAUUGAUACAAUAAGUGAUGAAAUAAAUAUGAUUUACUACGAUUGUUUGGAUUAUGAAACAAAAACAAUUACAAAGUUUGUAAAAUUUGUAAAUUAUGCUGAUGAAUAGAAAAUAUUCAUUAUUGAUAUAGAAGCAUUUAAAUAUGAGAACUUUUGGUAUUUUUUAGAAAUAAUAUAAUACCCACUUUAAUAAAGAUUUGAAAUUUUAAUAAUAUCCCAAGAAUAAAUAAAAAUACAUACAAUUGAUAAAAUGAAAUAUCCAUUUCAGGGUUAUAAUCUUAUGUUUACUUAUGGAAAUAGUUUGAUUGUAAGUAAUUCUAGAAUAGAAUCGUUGUUAAAGGGAGAAAGAUUUUCUUAUUUUCCAGGAAAAAUUAUAAUAUAAAAGUUUAAUGUUAUUGAUCAAUUAAAUGAUUUUGAUUGGUAUGAAUAUGUUAAAGGCAUAUUUAUGAUGUUUGAAUACUGUUUUUGUAUGCCUAAUUUUAGUUUUAAAAUUGCAGAUUAAAAUAUUAAUUAAUAAUUAAAAGGUGAAUAUGUUUCAGAUAAUUUAAAUUGUGAUUCUUUUGUUUUAUAAGGAUGGUUUAAAAUAUAAGAUAUCAUUAGUGAAGACAAAGAAUUUGUUUAUCCAUUUAUAAAAUUGGCUGCAAACUUUUAAAAUCCAAAUUUAUCAAAUGAUAACUUAUCGCCUAUUUAAAUUAAAUAUAAAUUGUCUGAUAUUUAAAAUUAAAUAAUAGUAACAAGUUAUAGUUACACUUUUCCAUAAGUUACAAUAGAUUUUACCAAUAAUCCUUUUCUAAUUGAAAAAAUUUUUGAUAUUGUUAAUAGUAUAAAAUUAUGGUAAAAAAUAUAAGUAAAAUUGCUUUAUGGUAUAUUGGAUAUAUAAAUUAAAUUUUAUGAUAAUUAAAUGAUAUAUGAAUAUAAUCAUUAAAUAGAAGUUUAUUAAUUUUAACAGAUUUAAUUUUAUUUAUAAUAUGGAAAUUUUGAGAAACUUGAAACAAAUUAUUUGAGUUUGUAAAUAAGAAACUUAUAUUUAUAAAAUUGUGAUGUACCUUUUUCAGAGAUGAAUUGUCAUUAAAGUUGUUUAGAAUGUGAUGGACCAACAAAUGAAGAUUGUUUAUCUUGUUCAGAAGAAUCAUUGAGAAUUUAUUUACCAGAAUAUAAAAUAUGUGUCUGUCCAUAUAAUACAAUAGAUGAUUAAAUAUGUGUGAGUUAUAUAGAGGCAAAUUUAUAAUUAAUUGAAGAACCUUACAUAGAUAAUGAAUGUCAAUAUGGUUAUUUUGAAUUAAAUAAUGAAUGUAUUCACUGGUAAAUUAAAAUUUAAUAUAUUUAGUCCUUCAUUGAUAAGAGAUGAUUUAAUUACUUGUUUAGAAUGUAUUUAAAACCCUAAGACUUUUUAUAAAUUUCCAUAUUGUUAAUAUGAUUUAUACUUAAGUAAAUCUCAUAAGACAGACAAAGUUAUGUUGAACACAUCUGACUAAUUACUCUUUGAUGGCGCUGAUUUCAGUGUUUAUCAAUGUAUUAUAUGUUCUACUGUAAUAUUAACAGAUUAAAAUCUGUUGUAUGUUGACUUUACUUUAAGACAGCUUACAUUUAGGAGGUUGUGCUAAAAUGAUUACAAUUAAUGUUAUUAACUAAUUUUUACCUCCUGUAAAGGAUAUCAUAUAGAUAUGACUGGUUAAAAAUGUAUAUCUUGCGAAUAAGGAUAUAUAUUAGAGAAUGGAUUAUGUAUUUCAUUCUCUCUUGGGUAAGAGUAUUUUUGUCAUUCUCCUUAUUAUAUAACCUCCAAAAAAUAAUGUGAUUUAUGUCCAAUUAAAAAUUGUAUCUAUUGUUUUGAAUAUUAAAAUGAAGAUUCGAAUUUUUUUUAUAGCACUUUAUUUAAAAAUUAUAAAGAAUUUGAUAUCGAUUAAGAAAUAAAAAUAGGUUGUGCUAUGUGUGAAUAAAACUUUGUUUUUGAUUUUACAAUUGGAAAAUGUUUAAAAUAAUAAACAAAUAUUUAAAAUUGUUUGAGAUCAUUUAUAAAUUUAGAUGGUACUGAACUAUGUACAUUAUCUUCCAUACAAGAUUUUAGUAUUGCUCCUGAAAUAAUAAAUUGUUAGAAUUAUUACUCUCAUUGUUUAUAAUGUGUUCUUACUCCUUAAUCAAAAAUAUAAUGUGUUCUAUGUAGUGAAGGAUAUGUAAACUCUUUAAUAACAGGGAAUUGUUAUAUAAGUUAUAUGAAUUUUUUGUAAGUAAAUGCAACUACUGUAGUAUAAGGAGAGUAUGAUUAAAUAAAUGGGGAAGUUAUAUUCAUAUAAAGUUUUAUGAUGUAAUUUUUACCUGAUUAAUAUUACUAUCCAUAUUCUUCAAAUUUAAUUGAAUUUUAAAUUAAAUGUAAAGAGGGAUAUGGAGUGACAAUUUUUUUCUAUUGUCAACAAUAUUGUAGUAAGGAUUGUUAAAAUUGUAAACAAGAUUUUGAGUUUUUCAUUUGCUCUGAAUGUUCUUUAAAUUAUUAUAAAAAACCUUAAAAAUCUGAAGAAUGGGGACAGUGUAUAUCCUGUUCUAAUUUAUGCCAAUAUUGCUAAAUUAGAGAUGAUAAUGAAAUAUAAGUAAUAUCUUUAAAAUAUUAUACUAGGUUAUACAAUAGAAUUUUAAUGUACAAUAAUCCAAUGUCAAAUAUACUAGAAAAUGUGUUGUCCCUAUUAAAGAUCCAAAUAUAAUAAUCAAUCCAUAUCGUUAUAAUGUUAAAUACUGCUUUAAUAAAAGUUGUUAGAAUAGAUUCUCCUUUUAUCUUUAUUUUGAUGGUUGCAUGCUUGAUAGAUAUUAGCCAGAAAGUUAUGAAAAUGAAAUAAAUAUCUAAUAUUGUAAUCAUGUUGGAGUAGAUUUCAUGAUCAUAAAUUAUGUUUUUAAACUUUUAAAUGAUAAUGAAUGUUCAUUUUUUAGAGAAUUAGAAUUGCUGACCAGCUUAAAGAAAAAGAUUUUUUCUAUGAAAAAAAUUGGAAUGUCUCUCUCCUCAAUUUAUAAUACUAAUUUUAUUACUGUUAAUUUUACAUACAUUACCAAUUUUGAUUUAGUAGAUAUAAGUAACAUUACUUUACAAUUAAAAGAUGGCUUUAGUAUUUAAAAUAACAACAAUAAAGUUGAUAUAACAUUAAAUAAUGUGGUGCUCAAUAAUUGUAACUUUUUUGAUGAAUUAGUUUUCCAAACUUUUUUAUUUGGCAAUAUUAAGAUGCAAAAUGUUUAAAUUUUAGAUUCUAAUUUUACGAAUUCAUCUUUGUUUGAUUUUUUAUCAUCAUCAAUACCAACAUCAAUUACAAUUUAUAAAUUAUAAAUUACAAAUAGUAUUUUCAAUAACUCAAUGUUGUUCAAUUUUAACAACAAUAAUUCAAUGAUAAAUAUUUAAGAAAUUGUUCUUAAAAAUUGUUAAAUCUUGAAUUCAUAAAUUUUUUCCUUCAAUACAAAUUUGAAUUAAGCAAAUUAAAUUAAUUUAUUUGGAGUUGAAAUAAUUGGAUGUAAUUUUUAAUUUUCCUAAUUUCUCAAAAGCAACAAUAGGUUUGAAUUAUAUGCAAGUAAUCUUUACUUCUAUGAUAAUAAUCUAUUUAAAUCUGUAAUUAUAGCUUUUAAUGAUAAUACACAACUAAAAAAUGUGAAAACUAGUUAAAAUAUUCUUAUAGGGUCUUCAAUUUUAUCUACUUUGUAAAUAGUAAACUAAGAAAAAGUUAUAUUCAUGAUUGAUGAAUUUGAAGAUACUUAAAGUACUUUUUAAGAAUCAAGUUUAAUAAUUAUUUAUUCUUUCCUUUCAACUAAUGAUUUCUUUGUUCAAAUAAAAAAAAUUACUGUUUAGGAAAAUAAAUUAGUUGAUACAUCAUAUCAACAAAAUUAACUUUUUAAAUUUCAUUCUCGUUCUUUAUACAUUGAAAAUUCAUCAUUUUUAAAUUUGAAAAAUGUAAUUGUCUUUUACAUUUUUGAGACAUAUGAAAUAAUUUUUGAUUUUUUAAAUUUUGAAAAUUCAUAAUAAUAAAAUAAAGUCCCAAUAUCUUAAUUUUGUACUAAUUCUAUAUAAGUACCAAAUUAAGUACUAUAAGUAGCUGGUUUUCAGCAAUUAUCAUUAUCUAAUAUUAAAAUUAUCAAUCAAUUUAUUAUUAAUUAUUCAUUAUUGGAUAUAGCAUUUAGUAAAUACUUUUUUUUUUAAAUAAUUGGACAGGUAAGAUUAACUAAUAUAUACUUUAAAGGAAAUAUCUAAUUAAAAAACAUAUAAGCAACUUCAUUUUCACUAUUUAGUUUAAAUUCUUAAUACAAUCUAAAUAUUGAAUUAGUAAAUUUUUAAUUUAUUUAAAACAUCAUCAAUUAAUAAAUAGAUGAACCAUUAGACACUUAAACAAGUUUAUUAUAAAUCAAUUCCUUUGACAGUAUCAUAAAAAUUAACUAACUUUAUUGUUAAGAGAAUGCAAUAACUAAUUCUACUACUCCUAUAAUUUCUCUUAGUGCAAAUUUAAUUGAAAUUUCUAAUCUAAAUAUUAUUAAUCAAAACAUUUUAACAUAAACUUAAUGGCAAACAUUUUAUGAUUUUUAAUUGGAUGAUGAAUAUAAUCAAGAACAAAUGAAUUCAAUAAUUCUUACUACAUUUAGAGUUUUAAAUUAAGGAAUUUCUAUUGUAGCUUCUACCUUUACUUGUACUGAUAGUCAUUUCUAAGAUAUUUUUAGCUUAAAAAAUGCGAUUUUUGAAAUUAAAACUCAAGGACAUGGAAUUGUAAAAAUAGCUAACCUUAAUGCAAAUUCUAUUUAAACUGAUUUAAAAGAGUAGAGUUCAGGUUGUAUAAGUAUUGUCUCAACAAAUAGUCUUUUAAAUCUUUAGCUAAAUCAAAUAUAAUUUACAAACAUUUUCAAUAAAAUGAGUUCAUCCUUAUUUAUCAUUACACCAUCUCUUAAAUCUAAUUUAAUUGUUUUAAAUAAUGUUAUUAUGGAGGAUUGUAUUUCUUUUAUGAAUACUAUUAUUUUAGCUUAAUUUUAGACAGAAGUAAUGUAAUAAAGCUUGAUUAAAAUUAAUAAUUUAAAUAUUUAUUAAAGUGAGUAAUCAUGGAUAAAAUUAUUUUCUAAAAUUGGUACAUUAUCAUAACCAGAGAUCAAUAAUAUAAAGAGUGAAAAUAAUGCAAUGAUGUACUUUGAAAAUUGUUAAGUUGAAAUAAAAAAUCUAAAAAUGCAUGGAUUAGCUAUUUCUCCAAUUUUAAAAUUUUAAAAUGUUCCUAAAUUAAAGCUUAUAGAUUGUAAUCUAAUAUCUAUCUAAAAAUUUUAUUCAUUUAAUCUAAUACAUAUAACUUAAACUUUAAUAAUUGAAUCUAUUAUAUCAGUUUAAGGAUUAAAUAUUAUGGAUACUUUGACAUAUUAAAAGAAAUUAGAUGAAAUUACUAUUUUUUAAGACUUAAAUUAUUUAAUAAUUGGGUGUUAAGUCUGGAAAAACAACUCAGUUAUAUAGGAAAUUCUUUUUUCAGAUAUAUUACAUAAAAUUCAAAAUUCUGCCUAUGAAUCAAAUUAAAUAAUAUUUACAAAAAGUAUUUCAGAUUAUAAUUCUAUUGUUUUUCAAAAUAUAUUCAUUUUUAAUAAUAAUGGAUCAGAUUUUUCAAAUGGAAUUAUCUCAUUUGAGGUAGAGAAGUUUAAAAUUUUUAAAUUAAUUAAUAUUUAAUGUUAUUAAAAUUCUAUAAAUGAAAAUGGUUGUAUACAUUUUUUGAUACCAAAUUUUAUUAAUUAAACUAUUAGAAUUAAGGAUUCUUAUUUUAUUUAAAACAAGGGGAGUUUUGGAGGUGCAAUUUAUAUUUUGAAUGUUAAAUUAAAAGUAGUAAAUUGUAAAAUAAUCUCUAAUCAAGUAAGUAAAUUUGGUGGAGGGAUGUUUCUAUAAUUAAAGGAGGAUGACUUUUAGAUUAAAUCAACUAUUAUUACUAAUAAUAUAGCUUUAGAUGGAGGUGGUAUUUAUUUUAACAAGGAAGGUAAUUUGAAAUUUAAUAAUUUUAUAUAAUCAUUCUUACUAUUUAAUGAAGCCAAUUAAUUUGGAGAUAAUUUGGUUGAAACUCCCCAUCACUUAGUAUUGUCUAUAAACGAUUAAGAAAUGUAAUCUAAAUAGCUAACAAUUAAUGAAUUAAAGAAUGAAAUUUUAGUGCUUUAACCUUAUAAAAUUAUUGAAUAAGGUUCUCCUCUCAUUUAAAACUAUUUUAUGAUCCCAAGUAAUUAAGUUAUUUUUAAAUAUCAAAUUUAUUCGCCUUAAAGCUUGCAGUAUUUUUCAUUUAUAAAAAACUUUGGUCUACUUCUUAAGAAUAGUUUUAAUGAGUAGCUUUAAAAUAAUUUUAAUUACACUUGUAAUUUGACAAAUAAGAUUUUAAAUAAAGAAAAUAAUUAAAUAGUUAGUGAGAAGAGUGAAAAUAUAACUUUACAAUAUGAUGUCCAUCAAGAUUACUUUGAUUUAGGUUCUCUCUCUUUUAUUUUUGACCCUUAUACCAAAGAAAAAAGGAUUUUAUAAAUGCAAAUUAGUUGUUAUUCUACUGAUGAAUAGAAAAGGUUGAAUUAUCUGUUAGAGGCAAGAAGCUUAAAAUGUUAACUUGGAGAAUUUUAUGUAAAUGGUGGAUGCUAGAUUUGCUAAUCAAGUUAAGGCUUUUAUUCUGUAGUAUAUGAUGCCACAAAAUGCUCAAUUUUUGAUAAGACCAGAUUUAACAACAUUACUGAAAAUAAUAUAGAAUUAUUAUAAGGUUUCUGGAGACCUAAUUAUUUAUCAGAUUACAUUGAAUAAUGCUUCAAAAAUUUUUAAUUUUGUUAAGGUGGUUGGAAAUAUGGAAAUUAAAUAUGUUCUGAAGGACAUAUUGGAGCAUUAUGUGAAGAAUGUGACAUAUAUGAUGUUAGAGGAAAUGGAAAAUAUUUUAAAAACCAACAAGACUCUGUUUGUAUUUCUUGUUUUGGUGUAUAGGAUAGUAUAAUACCAUUUGUAGCUGCUUCAAUAUGGUAAAAAUAAUUUAAUAAUUAGGUCUUUAUUUUCAAUUAUUAUAACCUUAUAAAGCAUUGAAUAAUCUAAUCAAUUAUUUAAAUCUUUAAAAUUAAAUUAAAAGUUUAGUAAAAUACUAUUUAAGCUUGAAUAAGGUAUUUGUUAUCAUUUAUUAUUAGGUCAUGAAAGCUUCAUCAUUAAAAUGCUUCUAAAUUAUAUGUGGAUUUUCUCUGUUAUAUUUACAUUUAAUAUAUAAUUCUCAUUUACAUUUACAUUUAUUGAUUCAGCUAGCAAUACUUCAUAUUCUAUGGCAAACAACUUAGAUUGUUAUUUAUCAGAGAAUUAAUCAAUAUAAUUGAUUUACUCAAAAAUUAUUACUAUGCUUNAUUUUUAAAUAUCAAAUUUAUUCGCCUUAAAGUCUUUAAUAUUUCUCAUUUAUUACAAGUUUUGGUCUACUUCUUAAAAAUAGUUUUAAUGAGAAACUUUAAAAUAAUCUUAAUUCCACUUGUAUUUUGUCAAAUCAAGUCUUAAAUUUAGAAAAUAAAUCUAUGGUUGGUGAGUAGAGUGAAAAAAUAACUAUGUAAUAUGAUCUCUAAAAAGAUUACUUUGAUUUAGGUGAGCUCUCUCUUACUUUUGACCCUUAUACCAAAGAAAAUAAGAUCUUAUAAAUGCAAAUUAGUUGUUAUUCCGGUGAUAAAUAAAAAAGAUUGAAUUAUCUGAUUGAAACAAAAAGCUUUAAAUGUUAACUUGGAGAAUUCUAUGUAAAUUCUGGAUGUUAGAUUUGCUAAUCAAGUUAAGGUUUUUAUUCUGUCGUAUAUGAUGCAACAAAGUGUUCAAUUUUUGAUAAAACCAGAUUUAAAAACAUAACUGAAAAUAAUAUAGAAUUAUUAUAAGGUUUUUGGAGACCUUAUUAUUUAUCAGAUUAUAUUGAAUAAUGUUUUAAAAAUUUAUAAUUUUGUAAAGGGGGAUGGGAAUAUGGAAAUUAAUUAUGUUCUGAAGGACAUGUUGGAGCAUUAUGUGAAGAAUGUGAUAUUUAUAAUGUAAGAGGAGAUGGAAAAUAUUUUAAAAAUCAAUAGGAUUCUGUUUGUAUUUCUUGUUUUGGUGUUUAGGAUAGUAUUAUACCUUUUGUAGCAGCAUCAAUAUGGUAAAAAUAAUCUAAUUAUUAGGUCGUUAUUAUCAAUCAUUAUUACCUUAAGAAGCAUUGAAUAGUCCAAUUAAUUAUUCAAGAAUUUAAAAUUAAAUUAAAAGUUCAGUAAAAUAUUAUUUAAGCUUGAAUAAGGUAUUUAUAAUCAUUUAAUUUUAGGUCAUGAAAGCUUUAUUAUUAAAAUGCUAUUAAAUUAUAUGUGGAUUUUCUCUGUUAUAUUUACAUUUAAUAUAUAAUUCUCAUUUACAUUUACAUUUAUUGAUUCAGCUAGCAAUACUUCAUAUUCUAUGGCAAACAACUUAGAUUGUUAUUUAUCAGAGAAUUAAUCAAUAUAAUUGAUUUACUCAAAAAUUAUUACUAUGCUUGUCCUUAUGUUGAUCUAAUUUAUACUAAUUAUUAUUGGAUUUCUCAUGUAUUAUAUGUUUAAGAAAAUGUAAUUGAAAUAUUUUAUAUUUGACACUAUUUCUAAUACUAUUUUAUAUCUUUAUGUUUCUAAUUAUGGAGGAUUGAUUAAGAUGUAAUAAAAUUUAAAUUAUCUAGGUAUUUUUCAAUUCUCUCAAAAAGGGAUGUUUCAAAUUAAAGCUACAUUCAAGGAGAUGUUUCUUUACUCUUUGGAUCAAAAGAACAUAUUAUUUGGAUUUUUUCCUUUGUUAUUCCAGGAAUAGGAAUAUUUUGUUUAAUAAUUCCUCUUUUCCUUUAUCUAUUAAUGUUUUUAAAGAAGAAUUAACUCGAUGAUAUUAAAAUUAGAAAAUAUUUUUGUUAUCUAUUUAAUGAAUAUGAAAAUGAUUGCUAUUUUUGGGAACAAAUAAAAAUAAUUAAAAAAACUAUUAUGAUUCUCAUAUUAACAUAUUUUGAAACAUAUAUUCUCUUAAAAGCAUCAUUGUUGGGAUUGUGUCUUCUUUUUUAUUAAUUAUUAGCAGUUAAAAAUAAACCCUUUAUACUUUAAAAUUUAAAUCAUUUAGAUUUAUUUUCAGGCUAAAUUUGUUCAAUCACAAUAUUUCUUGCUGCUGCUAAAUACGUAGCAGAACAAGAAAAUAAUUAAUUUUCAUCAGUAGCACUUUAAACCUUUAUUGUUCUCCUUUGCUUACGAUUAACUUAUCCUUUUAUUUUGAGCAUAUUAAGAGUUUAUUACAAAAAGUACUUUGGCUUAAUCAUUAAUUAUUUACAUUUAAUUUCAAACAAAAUCUCUUAAGAUUCAAAGUUAACCUUUAAGUUAUAGAUGAUUAAGCAAAAUUAGAGUGAAAGAGAGAAGAAAUAGAAAAAAUUGAUUAACAAACUAAAAUAACAUCUUCUGAAAGUUUCCUAAGCCUAAAUUUCAACCAAAAAGUAUUAAAAUGUUUUAUUUAGAAAAAUUCUAAGUGGAAGCCAAAAUUCAUAAAUUUCUAGAAAUGAGUUUAACUACUUUGCGAAACUGAAUACUGAAUGA